AUGUCUGCACGGCGAUGCAACUAUGAAUCCUGCCGCCUGCGUAUUGUCUGCAGCCUUGACAUGCUUCCUGCCAUGGUGAUGCCCUUCAUCCCUCGCAUUACCGCGCUGCUGCGCCCGCGCCCAGUCCACCACACCGUCCGCCAUGCCUUGCACAGCAGCGCAGUCCUCGGCUCCAAGACCCUACCGCCGCGGCGUGUCAUCCCCGAAUCCGACAUGAUUGAGAACUUUCUCAAAGGUUCAGGUCCGGGCGGUCAGAAGAUCAACAAGACCUCGUCGGCCGUACAGCUGAAGCACAUCCCCACCGGCAUCGUUGUCAAGUAUCAAGACACGCGGUCCAGAGCGCUGAACCGCAAGACGGCAAGGAGGCUGCUGCAGGAUCGUCUCGAGGAACUGGAGCUGGGGGGUGAGGCGCGGACGAGGAUCAAGGCGAGAGAGAAGAGCAAGAAGAAGGCAAGCAGUGACAAGAAGAAGAGGAGAAAGUACCGUGCGCUCGAGGCAGGAAAGGAGGGCAAGGACGGCGCUGAACAGGUUGACGAGCUUGACGAGCUUGACGAGGUGGAGGGCGACACUGAGGUGAGGGGGGAGGGUAUUGCAGACACAACCCAAACACUCGAGUCGAGGGUGCGAGGAUCGAAGUCGUGA